GCCCAGUGAAAAUCCCUGAAGCCUUCCAUGACCGCUCCAAGUACGUCUCCUUCCUGCUUGCGUCUAUGGACUGCACAUUGCUUCCUGUCUCCUCACCUACAUUUCCUCUCCUCCUAAACUCCUUGGCCUGAACCCUAAGUGACAUUCAGCCUGCAACUCACAAUGGCCCCCGGCUGCCGGGUGAAAGGAAACCAUAGCCCCACCCCAGCAGGCAGCAGGCUGGGUAGGUGUAACGUGACCUGCUUCCGUCUGCAUCCCCGCCCCAGCACACCUGCCCAGAAACCAUUUCAGGGCCUACAGAGCAACCCAGCCCAAGACCUCACCUGAAGAAUCCCCAGCAGUCCCUAAAUGGAUCUAUUCUCACUUCACGAACUGCUUCCUUUUAUGACAACCCUCACCAGUCAUAGUAGCAAUCCCAGCAGCCAUCACAUUCCAGGGGUCUGCAAGGCUGCAGUCUCUGGACUGUGGUAGGGGACCCGAAGUUUGGGACCAGCAGAACUCUGGCUUCUAAACAACAACCCCCUCUUCCCCCUCAGGGCCCACCGCCCUGCAGAGGAAGGAAAAGAUGCGAUGCCACUCUCUUCCCAGCCCUAGCCCAGUUCUUCACUCUCACCGUAGGCUUUUGUGUGCAAAGUUACAACUGAGUUCCUAGAGAGUACUUGGGCUCCCCACCACACACACCAAAGAAUUAGGAGGUCUCACCCCCUCCCCAAGACACCCCAGGGCCUCUCCGCACGCCCAGCCUGGUCCUGAGGACCCUCGACCCGCACUAGCCCCCAGCGCUGCGGCGGCAGGCGCGAAGUUCAGUUAAGUUGAGCCAUUGUCUCGGCGUGUCCGUCCCUCUGCCCUCCGCGCCCCGCCACGCACGGCCCCAGCCCCAAAUGCCCCGAAGGCUCAGCGUGGGGAGUCCCGGGCUCCGGGGCGGCUCGCCUCCCUCCGGCGGGAAAGGCCGCCAAGACCUUCCUUCCUGUGGGCCCGAACCCAGGCCCGGGGCUGCGCUGCGCAGGGCGGUGGGCUGGGGCUGGGUGCCCGGCCGACCCGGCUCGGGGGCUGGGCCGCUUACCUGCGGGGGAAAUUCACGGUCCUUCCCGACCUGGGCAGAGGCAGCUGCAGCAUCUUCCCCGGCUCGGUGGCCAUGCACCGGUGGGCACCCCGCGCCCUCGGGGACUGCGCUCGCCAGGCACGAGGCCGACACCCAGAGGUCGGCGCCUCCGACCACGCGGAGGACCAGAAACCGAGCACUCGCCGGCCCUCCGCUCGCUUUGCUCUGUACAGCCAGGCGCGUACUUACGGCUCCAGCUGUACUUAAAGCGACAGAGCCUCAUUUCCCCGUCGCUGACUUCUGUCCCGAGGCCCGGCGAUGCAGGCUGCAAGCGGGCUCUUUAACGCCCAGAGCAGGUAGACAAAGAGCCGCUGCAGCCUCCACCGUUCCGGCGGCCUCAGAAGCCCGGAGGUGCAGAGAAGGGCUGGGGACCUCGACCUCCACCUGGGCUGCUCCGGAGUUAACCCCUGGGAUGCCAGCUGCGCUCCCUUGGGGUGCUCCGACCCGCGCUCCACAGGCAGAAGGGGGCGUGGGCCGCGGGGCAGUCGCAGGUCUCUCAGGCAGGCAGCCCAGGUGCCCGGUGGGACCCGAGCUGGGGGGCCUGGGGAGACCUGCUCUGCAGAGGGCUUCCGCACAGCCUCCUCCCGGCCCCUUUCUAGGCUUUUGGAAAUCAGCAACAAUUGGCGCAUGGAAUCUGUGCAUCCCUAAAACCAGGUGUUCGGAGGGGUGUGAAGGUCAGAGGGAGCGUGCAUAUUGCCAGAGGCCUAUCACACAGGUGUGAAGGAGAGGAGAUCUGCAUUCCCGAAUGGCUUCCCCAGCCUUUAAAGCUUUGCGUUUAGGACAGCCCUUUCCCUGUCCUGAGACUGCACAGGAGCACUGACCUGGAGAUGCAGUUCUAGAGGGACAAACCACACUCUUGAAGGGUUGGAACCUCAGCAGAGGGACCUCAUCUGGGUCCCCGAACAGUCUGGAUGCAUAUUUGUGUGUGUGUGUGAUGCAUAUUUGUGUGUGUGUGUGUGUGUGUGUGUGUUAUAUCCAAGGGUGCAUAUUGUGGGCAAGUUUUCCAAAUACACUUUGAGAUCAAAAGAGAGUAAAAAGCUGCAGUGAUGCUAGCACAGAUCCCCAAGACUACCCCUUAGCACGUGGGGUAAAUAGACACAUUCCUUUUCCUCUGUUCAGAGUGCCAAGAUUUUGGGAAGAUGCACCAGCUCCAAGCAGGCCAGCCUUGAGGGGACAAAGCAAGGCAGUGGUCCUCGGCAGCACAUCCUUCCAUCUCAGUCCAGGGCGGUGUCCCUGUACCAUGCCCCAUUCUGGCUCUCCUGUGCUGCUAACGUUCCUGGCCUCCCAUUCUAGACAGGGAGAGUGCGGUCCCUUCCCCCGGGGAGGUUCUGUCCCAGCAGCUGUGCUGUGGUCAUCUGGGGAACAGCUUAUAGUAAUAUGCCACAAGGGAUUCACUUCAGCCUCUGCCUGAGUACAAUGACCCUCUCAGCCAGAGGAAUGUCAACAGCGGGGGAUGUUGUUCUUUGCAUCCAGCUAUAGGUUUUCCAUAAGGUUUCCUCCUUUGUGGCUUUGUGGGAAGAGCUGGAGGGAGGGAGAUCUGAGGCCAGGAAAGGGUAAGGUGUGGGAUUUGCUUGGAGGGAUGAGGGUCUAGUGCAGGAGACUGAGCUGGUCCUGAACACUGCCUCACGGUCCCCAGAGCCCGCCCUAUUCCUCUUCCUAAUACCCGGUGGCCUGUCUGUCCUCCCAUCUACUCUCCUUACCCCCUUUUAUUUCACCCCUACACACACAUGCACGCACACACACACACACACACACACACACACACACACACACACGGACUGAGGGACCCAGGCCAUAAAGUGGACAGGUCACACCCAGCAGCUCAGCACAGGGGAAGGGCUCUCUGCUUUCUGAGUCCCCAUUAACAGGAUAUUCUGGGCUGGGGGCGGGGAAGACUCUAAACCUCCUCCUCCUCAGGAUGGAUUUCUGAGCUGCAACACUCAAAAGAAUCUGAGGCUCGUCCUCCAUAUAUCCCUCUCUCCUUGCUAAUGGAAAGAUUGGUCUUGUGUUAGUGGUUACCUUCCUGCUCGGUGGAGGCUAGUGUGGGCUUUUAUAGGGGGAGGGACAGAGGCUUUGCUACUUAAAUAAAUAGCAUGCAAAUUAGCACCUGCUAUUUUCAGCCCAUAGGUCAGGCACUUUGGGUAACUGGACAGCAGCACUGAAGAAGAAUGCUGUCUGGGGGGCUUUUGUGAAGUCAGAAAAACAUAGCCUCCCCAUCAAUGGCCCACUGCCGCACUAGAAGAGGCCCUGACUGCCUAUCACGAGGUGUGACAGAGUAGGGUUGAUACGGUGGCCUUGUCUACAAUGAGGUGGCAUGCAGAAAGGAUUCUGAGCUCUUCUUCCUGGGUCCCAGGCAACAUGACCAAAACCUGGAGCAGAGGGAGUGGGGGACAGCUGAGGCACACAUGGUGGAGGAAGAAGGUGCCUGCCGAAAGGGAGUGGGGACCCAGGACUCUUCCAGAGAGAAAGCCCAGCCAAAGAGGGCAAGAGGAAAAGGGCUCAUCUAGCUUACGUUUUGUUUUGUUUGUUUGUUUGAUUUCGGUACCAGGGAUCGAACUCGGGACCUUGCACUUGCAAGGCAGACAGUGGCACCACUGAGCUAAAUGCCCAGCCCAGGCCCAUCUAUCUUAGACAGGCCUCCUCUAGUGCUUCUCUUCUAAGAGACCUUGGGAACCAGGAUACCAUUUUCCAUCUGUGUCAGCACCAUCAGAGGAGCUCUUUACAUAAGUGAGACUGAGACACAGAAAGGGCAAGCAAUGUCCAAAGCAGAGGGCAGAGCCCAGACUAAUGAGGUCCCUUGGCAGAUUCCUCUGGUAGAGGGGUGAUUCCUCUUCCUGGCUCUCACCAACCCAUCCCAAAGGAUCUCUGGAGUCAUAUGGGCCCAGGCCCAAGGUCUUCUCCACCAAGAUUCCAUUUUCAGUGGAGACAUCCCAAGAUAUUUGUGGGAGGCUGUGGUUGUCUCCCGGACAAUAACUCAAAGGUUGAUGUUGGUUAGAGUGGGACAAGAAAAAGAGAGACUAGAGGCCGGGGAUUUAGCUCGGUGGUUCUGCUGCCUGCCUUGCAAGGACAAGGUCCCGAGUUCCAUCUCUGGUACCAGAAAAACAAAAAAGGUAAAAAAGAAAAAGAGAGACUUGUUGAGCAGUUUGAUUGCUAUGAACUCCAGUGCUAUUUACCUGGCAAUUUCUGGGUUGCAGUGUCACCUGUCUGGGCCCUUGACCACACACUUGGUUUCCUGUUGAACCCCAGAAAUGAGACCCUUGAGAAGAGGAGGAUGCCAGGCUGUUAGGCUAGGCAUCCACCACUCUGUCCCCUGACCUGCCCUCAUCCCUUCUCUUUC